GUAAAAUAUAGCUAAUUUGUUGAGGGGACGAAACAACAGCCGAGCUCAGAGUUCUGCAUACAGCUACUGACAGCUUAUCCGGCAAACUUGAAAGUCAAAUAUUUCCAAAUAUGUUUAAUGAAAAUGAAGCAUUUUUAUAUUAAAUAGUAUAAAACAAACAAUUGAUGAGACAGCACUUUUUAGGAUGGAGGACAAUCCUGUGUGAAGACAGUUUCACUUCUCUUUUAUUAGAAUAAAGCAUUCAGCCUUAUCUGAUUCUAACACACAAACGGAGCACAAUGGAAGCAGUAACUUCAUUUCUCGUUCUUUUAUUGUUACCACAGCUCAUAGUGUCUGAGGUUCCCACUUCAACCUCGUACAGGGCCGUCGUGGAGAUAGUUUCGGGAGAUUCCAUGAUCUUCAGCGGGGAACCUCUGAGCCUGAGAUGCAUCAUCCCCGAUCCUUACCAGGCCUCCUGGGGUUACCUGUGGUUCAGGGGAUCUGUGCAGCUUCCACAGACUGGCGAGAUAUUCCAGCUGUGGAACGCCAACGUUAAAGAAAGCGGCAAAUAUUCCUGCCAAGGAAAGAAAGAGACGGAUGUGGGAAGCAUUAAAACACUAAGAAGUCUACCUUAUGAGAUCCAUGUUGAUGGAGGGUUUGCCAUCCUACAAUUGGCAAAACGCCCUGUCCUCGUUGGAGACGCCCUGGAUUUGAAAUGCCGUCUCCGAGGAAACGCUCCCGUCCACGAGACGAUCUUGUACAGAGACGGGAUUCAAGUGAUGGUGCAGAGCGGGAGCAGCUUAAAUUUCCAUCUCCCCCAUGUCACCCUGGAGGAUGAAGGAAGGUACUCAUGCAGGGUAUCCUGGGACCUGAGUCGACGUACACACUCCGUGAUGUCAGUUCCCACUCUGGUGAAUAUCUUAGAGGUUCUAGCCAAGCCGGUUUUGGAGAUUGAUAUAGACAACGCCCAGCUUGGACAGUAUAAAAUGAACCUCAUCUGCCACGUCCAGUACAACGCCCCCGCCCCAGCCGCUCCUGUAAAUUACUAUUUCUACAAGAACAACAAUCUGCUGGGGCCGGCAAACUCACUGAACCACAUGCACGUCAGAAAGGCUGCAGGAUGGUACAGCUGUAGAGCCAAGGUGCCAAAGCUGGAUAUCGUGAGGUGGAGCGAGCCCCGGAGCUUCGGAGAGGUCACAGGGCCACCAUUGAUGCCUACCCGUCCUCAUCUCAGAAAUCAGAUGACAUCCAGAUCACCCCUACACACCUUCUCGGCUCCUGAGACUCAGCCUGCAUCCCCAAAAUACUUUGCUUCUUCACCGUCUUUCAAUCAGCGCACAGAGAGUCCCAGCCCGUCUGAGGCUCCGGACCCAACCAGUCUGCCGACUUCAGACCGUCUGCCAGGCCAAACGCAAACCUCAGAACCUCAGGGUGUACCUUAUCGUUGUAAGGCUGAGACUCAGCCUGCAUCCCCAAAAUACUUUGCUUCUUCACCAUCUUUCAAUCAGCACACAGAGUCCCAGUCUGUCUGAGGCUCCGGACCCAACCAGUCUGCCGACUUCAGACCGGCUGGCAGGCCAAACCUCAGAACCUCAGGGUGUGUCCUGGGGACUAUUUUAGAAAGUCCUGUAAAGGUGUGAAUGACAUUAAAUUUUCACCAGGUGUUGGUAACAACCUCAGUUCUUUGUUUUUAACCAAUCAUGAGAUGUUCCUUGUGUGACGUCUUGGUAACGACUCACCUUUCUAUAGGCCGUCAUUUUGGACUGAUCCUGACAAGGGGCAGGAUGGUUUUCUAAUCACUGGUAGAUUUCAGCUGGUCUCUUGGUUUUCCGUGACUUUUUUCCACCUCCCUUUCAGUACUUUUCACAUUAUGACACACAACUUAAUUUCUAUGUAUGGAUUAUGUGGGUUGUUAUCAUUACCAGAUGAAAAUCUCAUGUCAAUAGCACCUUUAGAAAUAUAUUUACUAUGAAAAACUGUGAUUUUUUUUUACCAGCUGUACCUGGAAACUCCUUUUAAACCGUACCAUCGUACUAACAGAGCAAUACUCUGAGACUUUCUAACAAUUAUUAACACCACCCUACUGUUCUGCUGUUAUAGUUCUGUGUUAAUAAUUCUUUGCAUCAGUUUUCUCUGAAUGUCAUGAAACUAAUAUUCAAUACAGUAAGAAAGAACAAAUAUUGUGUUUUAACCCAAUAAAAUUUCGAUAAGCUGCAUGAA